AUGGCCUACGUGCUGUCUCUCCGUCCGCAUAGUCCCCUGAAGCGCUCCUUCAGCGACAAUCCCUAUCUCCGUUCAUGUUCGCCUCUUAAAGACAACACUGCUGCUACGCUUCGAGAUAUCACGACUCGGAACGCAUCUGCUUCCUCACUCUACUCCAUAUGUUCAGAUAGGACUGGAGCUUGGCUCCGUGGAACUGAAAAUACUCCGCCGCCUUUGACAUCCCGCUCACUUCUGGAUCUCAAACAAAGGGGUCAGCGAGAUGGCGCUGAUGUUGGGCCAUUGAAUCAUGCACCUGGCAAGAGGAGCUGUGGGAUGAACCGACCUCCCCCAUCUUUCAUGCAUUUCCUCGCAGCUCCUGGGAUUCGCUUGGACGAAGUCGACGACAUGGAGUUGUCCACAGGCUCUACAUCUGACGACCAGUACGCUGGGGAGCUAGUGAUCAUCGAUGGCAGCGGCAGCGGUGGUGGUGACCAAGGCCACGAAAUCUUCGACCUCUACGAUGCUAUCCAUAUUCCUCUUCCCAGGUGCCGGUUCUCAGAUAACACUGGCAGCGAGCCGAGUGAUGUGCCAGCACUGCCCCCCGUAACGAUUGAAGUCAGCCCGCCACCUUUUCGGCGCUGGAUGAGUACUCUGAGACGCCGGCAUGUUCAACGCCGAAAAGAGCAGCUAUCAGCGACGCAGGGCUGGCCAGUUGAUGUUGGGAACGGGGACUCGGCCAUGCUGGCGCCGCUUCCCCAUGUUCCUGAAUCAAUACGCAGAAAAUCUGAGUCUGUGUCAUCCUCAAUGGGUUGUGUCACGGCCGUAAAGUCUGCCUCAAUCACUUUAGCCAGCGCAAGCAUUGCUCCCCGCUCAGAUGGAGGUGCGUUUCCAAACAAGAUUCGGGUCGAGAACAGAAGCAGCAACUUCUCCGAUGCUCGCAGGUCUACAGAUAGCAAUGUAGGCCCUCUCGGUCCAGUCAUUGAUGAGGGUGCUUGGUUGCGUUCCGUGCAGCGCCGCAAAAUUGUUGAAGAGCUGCUCUCCUCCGAGGAGAGCUACGUUGGAGACUUGAAGGUUCUGAUCAACGAUUACUUCAUGUUAUUGACAUCAGUUCCCACUCUGGCGGGCCAAAUGCGAGCAUUGAUUCAACAGAAUCUUUCUCAAAUACUGCAAUUACACCAGGAUCUCCUCGCCGAGCUUCAUCAUGCUGUCCCCCAUGCAGAUUUUACGCAGAGUGCCUACCAGGAGACAUAUCCUGUAACAAAGGCUAAACAUAUCCGCUUUCACAGCGCAGAUAUGGUGCCUGGUCGAUUCGCUGAACAUAAAGUAACUCGACGGCUCCGACACUCCCUCGAGAUUGGCCGAUCGCCUGAUCGCCGCCCCCGGGCAUUGGUGGCAGACACCAAGACAGUAGGCAACGUAGCAAAGAUAUUCAAUAAAUAUAUGAGGCGUUUCUUUGCUUAUGAAGAAUAUGGAGCGCAUUGGACGACAAUGUCGCAGGAUCUAACCUCUCUGUGUAAAGGCCUCCAAGGAUGGAGCGAGUACGAAAGGGGAGUAGAGGCGUUGUCGAAACUUGUGGCUUCCGAUAACAACAGAGAGUUAAGCAGUCGGAAGGCCUUAAGUUUCUCAGACCUUCUCAUCAAGCCCAUUCAGAGAGUCUGCAAAUACCCGCUCCUUUUCGAUGAUCUUUGUCGCCACACGCCCGUAUACGACGACCCAGAGGCUCACGGAGAACUUGAGAAAGCUCUUUUCCGUCUCCAAGAAACCAUUCGCGAAGUGAACAAGGCGAAAGACGACCCAAAAACCCGAAGGUUGAUUGAAAUAUCCUGGCUCCUGCAAGAUCGCUUGGCAUUUCAAGAACAAACCCUAUCCCGAGCUCUUGUCUUCAGGUUGCUUGGUCAUAUCCGUCUCUGCGGUGUACUCCACGUCGCCUUUCAGGGCCAAGAGCGAGUUAAAGGCCAGUACAUGAUGUGCGCGCUGUACAAAUCCUGCCUCAUGCUAGCAACAACCAACCGCCUUUUUAUUCCUUAUAACGUUGUCGCCUCUAUCUCUCUUGCGAAUGGGAGCAUUGAAGAACCAGACAACGGGCGAGGUUUACAAUGCCAUACUGCCCCUUACACUUGGAAACUAGUGUUCGAGCACAGCCAUCGAUUACACGAAAUCAUUUUAAGCGCCUGUUCAUCGCAAGAAGAGGAGGUCUGGAAGGCGCAGCUGCGCGAACGUAUUGUAUGCGAAACGCAUGAUUUUGUCGAGGGCCAGUCUACUAUGCAAGACAUGUUCUCAUCUCUAUCCUUGGAUAUUAGAUCUAUCGGACCUGUCUUUGGCCACGCAGACAGUCUAGUCCGACGAAUGUCAGUCCAUCGCGCGAAGACGCUGGGCGCGAAGACACACAUGACUCAGGUCAUCAUUAAGAAUACGCAGGCGCAAAAGUCUCCAGAUCCGCCGCCGGCGAUUGCUCCGAAUUCGGUGUCAAGGUCGCAGUCGCAUAUGAGCACGAACCAUGUUCCAACUCUAGCUCCACGGAGGGCCGAGAGAAUCCGAUUGGAGACUGCACUGGAGGAUGUGUGGACAAAAGACAUACUACCGUUCCCUGGUAUGGGGAAUCGAAGGGUCGAAAAUCCGAUUCGAGCCUCAGCCAAUUCGGUCAUGAGAAAACUCUCCAUGGCAAGCAUUGCAAGCAACUUCUCACGGCGCUCACCUAGCUUCUCGAGCCUGAGCAACACACGCUCAGAAGAGUCUUUCGGGAGUAAGGUGCAUAAGAUCUCACAGGGGAACCUCCGGGCACGUUCAGCCGCAGACCGUCGUCCAGCACCAGCUGUUGUCGACUUCCAUAAUGCUCCUGCCGCUUUCCUCCCAACAGACUUUGAACUCCAAGAUGUCCGCCCUACCAGCCGUCGACGUCGACUAGCAAAUCGCGCCACGGGAACAGAGCGCUCAAGCGAGGUGUCAACGCCUGGGAAACCGAAGCGAUCCCGACGUCUCUCAACACACAUCAGCCUCCCACGAACCGAUCUCAGCAGCCGGCUCGAGGCUCGGACCCUGUCGGGCGGAUCUGGCACCGCCGUCCUGCACAGCCCUGACACAACCGUCGAACUCGACAAGCACCGUGAGAACGAAAAGCAAAGACGAAAAGAGAAGGGAGAGUUGACACCACCUCCACGGGCUACAUCCACAGGCACGCCCCAUGCGAAGCGUUUCUUGAAAAGCAAGAGUAGGAUUUUCAAGUUCUGGAUUUGAAUAACCUUUUUGAAUUGGAUUGAAUUGGACUAGGUGGGAUUGGAUUGAGGCAAUUCACUCAACGAUUGGAUUACACUACCUUCUUUGUUCGUUUUGAAUGCUCUCACAUGUUGGAGGGAGGGAAAGCUCCAAUGGUCUUGGCGUAAUGGUUGCAAUGGAUGGAUGCAGCGAAGGUCCGAACGUUGGAUGUUAUUUUUGCGCAUGGCAGACAGACAACAUGUAUAUUCAAACCAGGGACUACGGUGGAAGCGUAUACGCAUAUCAUGGGGGCUUGCUACAAGGCACACCCGUGCCGUUGUUAUGUGGGUUGGGACGGCUACUCCCACGGCCAUGACGUCAUUGCGGCUCAGGCGAC